AUGCCUGGCCUCACGAUACAAACAGACGCUCUCUCCCCGCGCGCAUCGAACGCCCCGCCGCCAUCUACGUCUGCGGCUGCUGCCGGUGCUCCAGGCUCUCCAGCCGCCGCAGCUUCCUCGUCCUCCGCGGCCGGCGCAACAAACCCCCCAGCGCAGACCCCUUCGCGCUCCUCCCGUUCAUCGUCCCCCGCCCGGCCCCCCAUCAGCCCCAUAACACCGACCCUACCCCCCGCUCGUCUCGCCGACCCUGCCGCCCCCUUCGCCGCUGGCCGUCCUGUCUUCACACACUCCACUCAGCCGGCCACAGCCGCUACCUCGGCCAUCCCUCCUCCGCGACCGGAGCCCAUCGACUUUGAAUCGAACCCAGACGUCCUGGCCCUCAAGUCAGCCAUCUCCAUCCUCCAACUACAACAGAAGAAGGCCGCCGCGGAUAUACAGGGGCUCAACCAAGCCAAGAUCGCUGCCCUUGGCGACCCAGCAGAAUUCCUUGCCGACCUUGGGGCUGGUAAGGUGCAUGCCCAGGGUGACAAGUUAUUCCCAGAGUCGGACUCGGAUUCUGAUGAUGAAGAGGGGGUCAAGCGAGCGAAGAUGGAGGGUGUAACUGCUGGCCAGGGCAAGGCACCAGAACCCAGGCCAUGGGAAUCUCUCCCCAAACCACAAAACGUGGUGCGCUGUCCGCCCAUCAACUGGUCUCAAUACGCCGUGGUUGGAGAGUCAUUGGACAGGCUGCAUGCGGACCAAAUAGCGCGGCCAAGCCAGGGCGCACCGGCGACGAUGGGCCCCAGCGGAACAUACGAGUUCACGGGAGUUCCUGGAGGAAAUCAGCGGCCGUAUGUCGGUGUAGCAGCUCCUUACACUCCUGGUAAGGACAGGAUCGACAAGAAAGCAAAAGGGGCUAAGAAAUGA